ACAGUUCAGGCAGAGUUUGAUUAGAGAGUAAAAAAUAAAAAUGGCCGAGAAGUAGAAUGGAAGAUCGAUGCAGAAAGAACAAGAGGAUGAUGAAAUAUAUAGAGCACUCCAUCUCCAUAAAGCUUUUGUUUUUGGCCUUCUUUUCUUCUUUUCAUUCUUCAAAGAUUCCAUCCAUUUCUGGUCCCCCACCAUUCCAUUCCACAAUCAUCUCCUCUCCUUUUUAAUUUUUGUUUUAAGUAUUUCUUAACAUGGCAUCUGCAGUAACAGUAAAUAAAGGUGAUUCCUUUUGUUUUUCAAAAUCAAUAAACAUCAUCAUAUCAUUUUUGAGCUAAACAAGACAGAUAGGAAGCUGUGUUUUUUAUAUAUUUAUUGAAAAACAAAAGUGGGUCAUUCCCAUUUCUAUUGAAUUGAAUAGAGAAGUGAUCAAAGGAACCAGAGGCUGGUGCUGGUGGUGGGUCUUUGUCUCAAGUUAUCAUCAUCUUAGCCUUGAAUCCAUAAUCAAUCAGGAUCUUAGUCGUCCCCAACGCCUUCACUAAUAGUUGCUGUAGACCGUGUGCCAAGAUUUUGAAACAUGGCUGGGAUUGAUGAUAACGUUGCUAUAAUUGGUGAUUGGGUACCUCCUAGUCCAAGUCCAAGAGCUUUUUUCUCAGCAAUGUUAGGUGAUGAUAUUAACUCAAGAACAAUCCCAGAAUCUCCUGGGGAGAAAAGAAAUGAAGGGCUCUAUCUGGGACAACCAGAGCAGAUGACAACAGGAAAUUCUGAGAAAAAGGAUGGAGCACAAACUAGUGGUGUUCAGUUGACUGAAUUAGGUACAUUUUCUGAGCAAAAAUCGAACUUUCGUGGAGGUCUUGUUGAAAGAAUUGCAGCCAGAGCUGGAUUUAAUGCACCGCGGUUGAAUACAGAAAGUAUCAGGUCCACUGAAAGUUCUAUGAACCCUGAGAUUAGGUCGCCUUAUUUGACAAUACCACCUGGUCUCAGCCCGACAACCUUGCUGGAAUCUCCAGUUUUCCUUUCAAAUUUGGCACAGCCAUCUCCAACAACUGGAAAAUUUUCUUUUUUUCCAAAUGGUAACACCAAGAACUCCACAGUGGGCUCUGACCCUCCUGAUAAAAGUAAAGAAACUUUCUUUGACAACGUUGAUUCAUCUUCAUUUGCGUUCAAGCCUAUGGGAGAAUCAGGUUCUUUUUUCCUUGGUGGAACAAGCAAGCAAUCCUUUCCCAGUAUCGAUGUUUCUGUUCGCUCUGAGAAUGCUUUUCAGUCGCAUGGUGUGGAACCCGCCAAAACUCAGUUUGAGAGUAGAAACAGCCUCCAUUUCCGAGCAGAAUUCUCCAAAUUGACUACUGAAAAGGAUAACGGAGGUAUUACUGUAGCAGAUCAGAGGACCUUUGACACUGUUGCUGGCAACGCUGAGCAUUCUUCCCCUCUUGCUGAGCAACAAGAUGAAGAAGGAGAUCAAAGAGCCAGUGGAGAUUCAAUGGCUGCUGGAGGCACACCAUCUGAGGAUGCAUAUAAUUGGAGAAAAUAUGGGCAGAAACAAGUAAAAGGCAGUGAGUAUCCACGGAGUUAUUACAAGUGCACGCAUCCAAAUUGCCCAGUUAAGAAGAAAGUGGAACGUUCUCAUGAGGGCCAUAUAACAGAGAUCAUAUAUAAGGGGGCACACAACCAUCCCAAGCCACCACCCAACCGGAGGUCAGCCACUGGAUCAAUGGAUACACAACUGGAUAUUCCUGAACAAGCUGGGCCACAGGUUGGUGCUGUUAAUGAUUCGGUUUGGGCAGGUACACAAAAAGGAACUGCUGCAGGAACUCCUGAUUGGAGGAAUGACAAUGUCGAGGUUUCAUCUUCAGCAUCUGGGGGCCUAGGCCCUGAAUUUGGAAAUCCAUCUUCCUCGGUACAGGGUCAGAGCGGAACUCCCUUUGAGUCAGCUGAUGCUGUGGAUGCCUCGUCUACCUUUUCAAAUGAUGAAGAUGAUGAUCGGGCUACACAUGGCAGUGUAGGUUACGAUGGUGAAGGAGAAGAAUCUGAGUCCAAGAGAAGGAAAGUUGAAACAUAUGCAACCGAAAUGAGUGGAGCCACCAGAGCAAUCCGUGAGCCUAGAGUUGUGGUCCAGACAACCAGUGAGGUGGAUAUCCUUGACGAUGGAUAUCGCUGGAGAAAGUAUGGACAGAAAGUUGUUAAAGGCAAUCCAAAUCCUAGGAGUUAUUACAAGUGCACUAGCGCAGGCUGCACAGUGAGAAAGCAUGUGGAAAGGGCAUCGCAUGACCUUAAGUCAGUGAUCACUACGUAUGAGGGGAAGCACAAUCAUGAUGUCCCUGCUGCUCGCAAUAGCAACCAUGUCAACUCUGGCACCUCUAAUGCCACCCCAGCCCAAGCUGGCAUAGCCGUUCAAACCCAAGUUCACAGACCUGAGGCAUCCCAAGUUCACAACAGCAUGACUAGUAGAUUUGAGAGGCCUCCUGCAUUUGGAUCCUUCAGGCAGCAGCUGGGGCCUUCGGCUGGCUUCUCAUUUGGAAUGAAUCAACCUGGGUUUGCCAAUAUGGGAAUGGCUGGGUUAGGUCCAGGGCAACCAAGGAUGCCAGUUAUGCCCAUGCAUCCAUACUUAGCACAGCAACGUGCAGUGAAUGAAAUGGGGUUGAUGAUGCCGAAAGGAGAAGCAAAGGUGGAGCCAGUGACUGAAGCUAAUAUGAGCCUGUCCUCCAACAAUCCAACAGUGUAUCAGCAAAUAAUGAGUAGGCUGCCUCAGAUGUAAAAUUUUUAAUUUCUCUAAUAUGUUAUCAAAACGUUUAUUUAUUAAUUGUUGUUAUGAUUUUUGUCGUUGUUACAAGGAAAAUAGGAACAUAUACUCCUAUCUAUCUAUAUAUUAUAUAGAAAAGGGCAAAUGCCACAAGUUAUUUGUGUU